GACCGUGCGUUCGACGAUAUUUACGAAUCUCUCACGUGCGCGUGGUCGACGACGUCGACGCGAGACAUUCGACGGGAUAAUCCUUGCAAGUGCCAGGAUGACGUACAAACGUAAGAAGUAUCACAGAGGUGACACGCACUUGAAGAAGGGUUGGCGAACGAAACGGAGAACGAAGGACUUGGACGAGAUCGACGAGGAUCUGCAGGAGGGGAACGCGAGGAAACUGUUAAACCAGGAAGUGGACUUCGACAAGCCGGGAGCGGCGCAGCAUUACUGCGUGCAUUGCGCGAGGUAUUUCAUAAACGAAACCGCUCUGCAUGCUCACUUCAAUACCAAGGUGCACAAACGGCGGUUGAAAGCGCUCGAGUUAGAGCCGUACAGUAUCGAGGAGUCGGAAAGAGCAGCGGGUAAGGGAAGUUACGUCACGCCACAGAAGCGAAAAAUCGAGACGGUGACACGCGAAGAUCUUGAUAGAAGGGACGCCGAGCCGGAUGCUAAAGUGAUGAAAGUAAACGAAUAGAGCUAUCCUACAGCUCGUU